UGACUUAUUGCUUUAGGUGUCGAUUACAGUGGUAUUCGUGCGCGUAAUAGGUUUCCAUUCGCGUUAGGAUAUUUUUUCCUCCCGAGAGAUCCGCGUAAAGAUCAAGUGUUCAUACGUAAGAGAUGACGGAUUACUCGUGGGGUAUGCACCCGCACCCUCCUGGAGUUCCGUACGGGUUCGGUGGAUAUGGCGGAGAAUAUCCGGGCAUGAACGGAAAUAUUUCGUCAGGCUUCGGAGGUCCGCCAAUUCCGCCGCACCAAAACUUUUUUCAUGGAACUCCAAAUGGUGGCUAUCACAUGCAGAUGGGUCCGCCUAACGACAUGUCAUUCCCAAUAGGAGGCUCACCGCGGAUGAAUUGUCCUCUUCUGGCGAAUCAAGCCGCACCCCCUCUACCAAGCGGUCCUCCUCCGGUUUCUUCCGCUCCCCCUCCACCUGCUAAUCUCAAGGGUAAGAAGAACAAGAAGAAACGGAAGCAAUGGAGAGCUCAGCAAAACCUAUCUACAUCUCUUCUUGAUGUCCCUGAUCCUGCCAGUAUUCCCCUCCCUGGUUCAGAUGUUCCAGCUGAAACUUUUCCCUCCUUAGAAGCAGAUGAAGCCCAUUGGAAGCGAGCCCCCUUGUUACCUUUUCCAGAACAGCUCGGGGAAAAGAAACCAGAAGACUUCACGUCUAUGCUCGAUGAAGGAUUUAAAAUGUGCAAUACCAAAGAGGAAGCAGAUGCAUUUGAGGAGCAGGUUCGCGUGAAGUAUAGACUUUCAGGGACCCUAGGGAGUAUCGCCGCGCAAAGAAAAGGGUUGAUCGGUGCCAAACCGAUUCGCUUUUCGUUAUCCGGCUCACUUCCGGGUGCCGGCGAUUCGAAGCCCAGCACAGGAUUCACAAUGGGUCCAACGCCUGGCAUCGAUAAUGUCUGCUUGUCACCUAUUGGUAAACCGUGCGCGAUGAGUGAAUUGGAUCAGAAAUUGAACAACUCGCUGCGCGGUAAUCGAGGCAGAGGACGUGGUGGUCUGUUGGCUUCGCCCCGAGCAGCAGUGCAGACUGCUACCCGUACUAAACCCGCGGCCGGCUACGGCCGCAACACAUUCCGGUCGUCGUCCUCUUCGUCUUCAUCCGAGUUGGAAUCGAGUCCGUCCAACGAUCUGCGGAAGAAGAGGAAGAGGAGACGAGCUAGUAGUCGUUCCAAGAGUAAAACAUCGCUUAGUAGGUCGCGUUCUAGGUCUAGGAGUCCAACUCGUUUUUCUCCGAAAAAACCUGCCAAGAAAGGUCGAAAAGAUCGUGCUCCGGUCGCUGAGCGGCUUAAUCGCGGCGUGGCUGUGAAAAGCAAAGCUAGUAUAAUCAAAAGUGUUGUGGAGAUUUCUGAGGAGAAGCUAUCGGAACGGGCUCAACGGUUCGCGCAGCCUGGUAGUGUAGCUGUAAAAUCGCAGGACUACGGUGUAUCAUACGCGGGUGGUAGGGACUUUGCUUCGGCCUGCUCCGAACACGUCGUAGGAUAUUCUACAUCUUUGGAGAAACAGUUUUUGCGUUUGACAUCCGCACCUGAUCCCGCUACUAUUCGACCUCCUCAUAUCUUAGAAAAAUCUUUGAAAAUGGUUAAGGACAGAUGGGAAAGCGGCUCUAAAGACUACCAUUACGCCUGGGAUCAGUUGAAGUCCAUUCGCCAAGACUUGACGGUGCAAGGGAUUCGCACGAUGCUCACAAUAGAGGUCUACGAAACCCAUGCACGUCUAGCAAUCCUGGCGAAAGAUCACGGGGAAUUCAAUCAAUGUAUGAGCCAACUGGAACAGCUAUAUGACGCUGACAAUUUCACAAAAGAGGAUCUGUCAAACAAGGCGGAGUUUUUGUCAUAUCGUUUGUUGUAUUAUAUCUACACCAAUAGUAGUAUAGGUAUCAAUAGAUUAUUGGCGCGAUUGAGCGCAGAAGAACGGCAGUCACUUUUCUUGAAACAUGCUUGUGCCGUUCGUUCGGCAUGGACCUUGGGGGUGUUUUCUAAGCUUUUUGAUUUAUAUUCCUCUGCCAAGCGGGAUCCGCGUUUGAGUCACUUGAAGGCAAUGAUGGAUUGGUUUCUUCCUAAAACGCGUAAUCUCGCAUUACGUGCCAUCAUCAAGGCGUAUCGGCCGGAUUUCCCGAUUGCAUUUGUUACCAGUUCCCUAUGCUUCUCGUCGGAGGAAGAAACUCGGACGUUCCUGGGUACGGUUGGAGUAUCUUUUGACAAAAGCGGUCAAAAUAUUGAUUGUAAAUCCAGUAUGAAAGCUGUUGUGUCGCUUUGAGGAGAGCAGGAGGAUUUUUUCCGUUCCUGCAUUCCGCCAACCGUUACUUCGCUUCAAGCACCUUUUUCAUUUUAUUUUCCUCCUUGCACGACCAGCUUCACAUUCUUCUGGUCCUCCGCUUAUUCUGAACUCCGGAUUGAGUUCUGUGUUCGUGAAGCAUUACUUUGGUGAAUUCUUUUCCAGGUCAUUGGAUCUUUUUGGUGAGCCAAGCUUGCCGAAACGUGAUCCGUUCAUUUUUUGUCUCUUGACUUCAGUUUUUCACUCGUAUGUAUUUGUUGAGCAAGGAUAAACUAGAAUUUUUCCAUA